AUGGUAUUGGUGCGCUAUUUGUUGGUACUCGCUGAUACCGAUACCAUCAUUCUAGUGCUGGAUGGGGGCCCCACUGUAUUAAGGCUUGGUAUUUAUGUACUUUUUUAUUUCGUUCUGUUAUCUGACUGUCCUUUGUGUGGCUGUGUAGGUUUGCGGCCAGUGGACAGUGAGCUGUGUUCAGGGGUUCCUCCAAAUACCACCCAGCUGUGCCACAUAAGCUGUCCUGUGGACUGUGAGGUGUCUCCGUGGAGUGCUUGGGGUCCCUGCACCUAUGAAAACUGUGAAGACCAAAGCAACAAGAAAGGUUUUAAACUGAGGAAGCGGAGGAUCAUCAAUGAGCCCACGGAUGGGACGGGAAACUGCCCCCAUCUAGUGGAGGCCAUACCCUGCGAGGACCCCAGCUGCUUCGAGUGGCUGGUGGUUAAACUGGAGGAGUGUGUCCCUGACAACGAGAAGGAGUGUGGACCUGGAACACAAAUUCCCCAAGUCCAGUGUGUUAACAGUGAUGGCGAAAAGGUGGAGAAACAGCUUUGCCGGGAUGCCAUCCUCCCUAUGCCCACCAUCUGUGAGGUGCCUUGCCCAAAGGACUGUGCCCUCAGCCCUUGGACUCCGUGGUCAUUUUGCUCCCAUACUUGUUCUGGAAAAAACACGGAGGGGAAACAGACCCGAGUUCGUUCCAUCCUCGCUCACAACGCAGGAGAAGGAGGACUCCAGUGUCCCAAUGUUAGUGCACUGCAAGAGGUGAGGAGCUGCAACGACCAUCCGUGCACCGUGUAUCACUGGCAAACAGGUCCUUGGGGUCAGUGCAUCGAGGACUCCUCCAUCCCCUCCACCAACGCCUCUGUGGGGAGAACGCGCAGCAGCGACGCCUCGUGCUCCGUGGGAAUGCAGACCCGUAAAGUCAUUUGUGUCCGAGUCAAUGUGGGACAAGUUCCUCCUAAAAAGUGUCCAGAGAGUCUUCGUCCAGACACUGUAAGACCGUGUUUGCUUCCCUGCAAAAGAGACUGCAUGGUUACACCGUACAGUGACUGGAGCUCCUGCCCACCGACUUGUCAGAAAGGCAGUAAAGCUAAAAGUAAACAACACAGGAAGCGACUGAUCAUCCAGUUACCUGCUAAUGGAGGACAAGACUGUCCUGAAAUCUUGACCCAAGAAAGAGAAUGUGAAUCAAUGUCUCUUUGUCAAGGAUACAGGUUUAUAGACAGAAAAAGUAAAAAGCGUGACCAAUGCAAAAACAACCAGCUGUUUCCUCUGAGCGAGACCCAGUACUGCCCAUGCAACAAGUACAACGCUCAGCCGGUGGGCAACUGGUCCGACUGCGUUCUGCCUGAGGGCAGCCGCAUGGAGAGCCAGCUUGGCAUGAGGGUCCAAGGAGACAUCAAGGAGUGUGGCCAAGGAUACCGCUACCAAGCCAUGGUGUGCUACGACCAGGACAACCGCAUAGUGGAAACGUCUCGCUGCAACAGUCAUGGUGGGUUUUUCUGUGGAGACAAAACUAAGGCUGCUCUGUGUGGGUUUCAGGUGUAUGAGGUGGUGCCCUGCGUCAGCGACUGUGGACAGUAUGUCUGGGUGGCAGAACCGUGGAGCGUGUGGAAGGUCAGCAGCGUGGACCUGAAGAGCAACUGUGGCGAAGGCGUGCAGACCCGAAAAAUCAGGUGUAUGCUCAACACAAUAGAUGGACCAUCUGAGCAGGUGGAGGACUACCUGUGUGACCCAGAGGAAAUGCCUUUAGGGGCCCGGAACAGCCGCCUGCCCUGCCCCGAGGACUGCGUACUGUCAGACUGGGGAAGCUGGAGCGCGUGCCCUCUGCCCUGCAGUGAGAACACUACACGUGUCAGGGUUGCCUACCCUCUCCGGAGACCUGGAAAAGAAAAAAAAUGUCCUUCUACAAAAGAGACAGAACCAUGUAAAAUCAACAGCAACUGCUUUCACUACUCAUACAACAUCACAGACUGGAGCACCUGUCAGCUCAGUGAGAGAGCGGUUUGUGGGUACGGCAUCAAAACCCGGAUGCUCGACUGCGUGCGCAGCGACGGGAAAUCUGUUGACCUCAGCUUCUGUAAAGAGCUGGGCCUAGAGAGGAAGUGGCAGAUGAAUGCUUCCUGCGUGGUGGAAUGCCCUGUCAACUGCCAGCUGUCUGAAUGGUCAGCGUGGUCAGAAUGUACACACACCUGUGGUUUGGCAGGCAAACUGUUGAGAACACGAACAGUAAUUCAGGCCCCUCAAGGUGAUGGGAGGCCAUGUCCGUCUCAGAUGAAACAAUGGAAGCCUUGUCUGGUCAAACCCUGCUACAGCUGGCGAUACAGCCCCUGGUCUGACUGCAAGUCCGAGGUAACAAACUCUUCAUCUUUUCUCAUUGCAAUGUGUCAUGUGUCGCCAGGUGGAACUUGUUUUGAAUACAAGUGGAGGACUGGACCAUGGAGAGGCUCGUCUCGUCACGUAUGGUGCCAACGCUCUGAUGGGUUGAAUGUCACAGGAGGGUGUCUGGCAGCAGUCAAGCCAAUAGCAGAUCGAUCCUGUGAACCGCCCUGUACCAAGCCAUGGUCUUUGUGCACCGAGGCAGGUGUGUGCGGCUGUGAAGAGGGCUACACCGAGGUGAUGACGUCCGACGGUGUGUUGGAUCAGUGCACCGUCAUCCCGGUCCUGGAGAUCCCCACUGCAAGCGACACCAAAGCGGACGUGAAGACGAUCCGAGCAUUCAGCCCCAUCCAGCCUGCAGCCAGCGCCCCGGGCAGAGCGGGCAGAACCUGGUUCCUGCAGCCGUUCGGUCCAGAUGGGACCCUGAAGACCUGGGUGUACGGAGUGGCAGCCGGCGUGUUCGUUUUACUCGUCUUUAUAAUCUCGAUGACAUAUCUAGCCUGCAAAAAGCCAAAGAAGCCACAGCGACGGCAGAUGAACAACAGACUGAAGCCUCUGACUCUGGCCUACGAUGGAGACGCCGACAUGUAGACGUCUUCCUCCUCCCAGACGUACGAUCAAAACUUGGAGAGCAGGGUGGCUGUUGGUCCCCGUCUAACGUCAGGGUCCCUGCAGGGCAAUGGGUCGGCCAAUACGCGGACUGAAAACAUAACCUCUGAGCUUAAGACACUUAAGGUCUUAUUUAUUAGCAGCCUUGAUGUUCCUUCGUUUCCAUUUUGAAAUCUGUACAUUGUUUUUUUUACGAGCCUUCAUGACCUCUCUAUCUUCCUCUGGAAGUCUGCCUUUGCUUCUUCAACGUCUACCAAUGACUGCAUUUCAACCACAUUCAUUGGAGAGGGAGAAUAAAGAAGAGAUUUUAAUGUAAAAGCACAAAAACUCCUCAUUAGUUGAUGAUUUUCUUACAGCUUAGCAUGGUCUUUGCUCCACUCGUCCCUCAAUGAUCAAUCAGUCUUUUUCUCAUCGCUGUAAGGAGGAAAUGGAAUAUAAAAACAUAAAAAAAGACCAAAUAAAGGAAAUGAAAGUGAGUCUAAAGGACCCUGGAGCUGCCAUCACUUCUGCCUGCCCCUCCCUUCUUGUUUCCGGGCAUAAUUUUGCACUAUAUUAGUGCAGCAUGAUAUGUACUUAUGUCUCGCUUUGCCAUACGAAAACUGCCUCUCGAUACAAGACGCUGUACAACCCUUGUACCAGAAAUGUAAAAAAAAAACAGACCUUUUUGCUAACAGAACUGAACAAUGUUUGAUAACUAUUUGUUUUUGUAUUACUUCUUGUAUGUAAUCAAAUUUUGUAUAUAGAUUUUCUCUGUGAUUUCAGCUUUGGCUUUUUAAUACGCAUCUUUAUCCAAAUCUCUGCUGGAACCGUUUGAUCUGUUAACUGUGACCUCUGACCCACUGACAGCCAAAAACUCCCACAUAUAGAGUAAAAACAUCACACUUUGACUUGAGUCAUAGAGAAAUAAUCUGUGACAUAAACUUCAUCAGACAGGGAAGAAAAAAAUAGAAGGAUUUCCAUUUCAUGCUGUUUUGUAACCAGAUUGGCUUCAGAUGCAAACAGAAGGAAUGGGAG